CCAAAUAUGAAGGAAGUUGUCAUGAAGGAGGUUGUGAAACUUCUAGAUGCAGGAAUCAUUUAUCCUAUCUCUGAUUCCAAAUGGGAGACUCCAUUUGUCUUUGAUGAAGCAUGCCUAAAUGUUUUUCAUCAACUUCGCACUCUUCUAUCAUCCGCUCCUAUCAUGCAACCUCCAAAUUGGUCCUUACCAUUUGAGAUUAUGUGUGAUGCUUCCGACUUCGUAAUGGGUGCUGUUUUAGGGCAAAGGGUAGGUAAACUACCAUAUGCUAUAUACUAUGCGAAAUUUGACUUUGAAAUCAAGGAUAAAAAGGGCUCCGACAAUGUCGUUGCCGAUCAUCUGUCUAGAUUAAUGGUUGAAUCUUCUCCAAAUCUUGAAAUUCAUGAAUCAUUUCCGGAUGAACAACUCUUUCAAAUCUCAAAUGGGACGUUGCCUUGGUUCGCCGACAUUGUUAACUAUCUUGCAACCAGCAAACUUCCCAUUAAUUGGUCAAAACAAGAAAAGGACCGAUUCUUUGCUAACAUCCAGAAAUACUAUUGGGAAGAUCCCAUUCUGUUUCGUUAUUGCCCGGAUCAAAUCAUCAGGAGAUGUGUGCCAGAAAGUGAAGUUCCGAGCAUCCUUGCGUUUUGUCACACACUUGCUUUUGCCGUUGAUUAUGUUUCAAAGUGGGUUGAGGCUUGUGCUACCAAAACGAAUGACCACUACGUGGUAAUUGCAUUCGUUAAAUCAAAUAUCUUUACUCGUUUUGGUAUGCCAAGGGCUAUGAUAAGUGAUGGAGGAAAACAUUUCUGUAAUCAAUUCUUGAAGCAACUUUUCUUGAAAUACUCCGUCACACAUAAAGUGGCCACUCCCUACCAUCCCCAAACAAGUUUCUUCUCUGGCAUCGAGGCUGAGUUUUUCCAGCGAUUUAGGCUAGUGUUCUCCAGCGAUCAAGGCUGUUUCGGCCUUUAUUUUUCCGGCGUCAGAUCUGGGUCACGGCUAUUUCAUAUGCCGGCGAGACCCAGCAGCGGAUUCGCAGCUGGGUUCAUCUUUCCGGCGAUCUGUUUCGUCAUCCGAUGA